CAUUUUCUCUUUCAGACGGCAAAUGGCUACAUCUUGUUUUUUCAUAUGACAUCUGCAAGAGGGGACAAGUACCUUUAUGAACCAGUGUUUCCCAAAGGAAGUCCGCAAAUGAAGGGGACACCCCAUUUCAAGGAAGAACAGUGUGCUCCUGCAUUGAACUUGGACAUGAGGAAGAUACUGGACUUGCAAGCGCCCAUUAUGAGUUUGCAGUCCGUACUAGAAGAUCUCCUAGUUGCAACUUCUGAUGGACUUCUUCAUCUUAUUCAUUGGGAAGGAAUGACGAACGGGAGGAAAGCCAUCAAUCUUUGCGCAGUGCCAUUUUCAGUAGAUCUGCAGUCAUCUAGAGUAGGUUCAUAUCUGGGCUUUGCAGAUGUAUACAUCAGAGACAUGGAAUAUUGCGCCACGCUGGAUGGGUUUGCUGUUGUGUUUAAUGAUGGCAAAGUUGGAUUUAUUACACCAGUGUCAAGUAGAUUCACUGCAGAGGUAUGGCUCAUUUUGAAUAUUUGCUUUUCUUAUACAGUGGCCUUAUCCAGUGAGAUCCCUGGGCAGUCAUUUCGCCCCUUCAAGGGCCCAGAGCUUGCUGCGGGGCAGCCAGCGGGCGAAGCCUGGCACCGGUUGGCGCUGUGGCCACCAGCAAGCCCUGAAUUCACACACCACUUGGGAGCAGUGACUGGGGCUAGGGGCCCAGGCAUCGGGGCCGAGCUGAUUCAGAUGCCCCCCGAUGCUGCACAUUUCCCGGGUGAAGAAAUAAGAGGCAACGGGAACAUCCAUGCAAGUGGCGAGCGGCCGUCGAGCCCCCAGUGUUCCGUGCUCAUGAAGUUGUGCAGGGCCAGCUUUUUGAGGCCGUCUCUCUCAGACGUACCAGUGUUACUGCAGGAAGCUAGGCGCAGCCCGCCGGUUGGAACCGUUCUGGAGCGUCUCUGUGUUCAUACUUACAGAUGGAGUAAAGACAGCGACUGUGCUGAGAACAUGUACAUCGACAUGAUGCUCUGGAGACACGCCCGGCGCCUCUUAGAGGACGUGCGGCUCAAGGACCUGGGCUGCUUCACCGCGCAGCUGGGCUUUGAGCUCAUCGCUUGGCUGUGCAAGGAGCGUACGCGAGCUGCUCAGGUCGAUAACUUUGUGGUGGCCCUGAAGAGACUGCACAAAGACUUCCUGUGGCCGUUCCCCAUCAUCCCAGCCUCUUCCAUCAGUUCUCUUUCCAAAAAUGGGAAAUUCCGAACAGUGGGAGAGCAGCUGUUCAAGUCUCAGUCGGCUGAACCGUUUCCAAACCUGGACGUGGAGGCUGGCAUCUCUGCCAUGCAGCGAAGUCAGAGCUGGCUGGGCAGUGUCGGCCCCAGCCAUCCUGAGCUGGACACGGCCUCAUCCCACGGGCCGCAAAGGCAAGAUGCCUUCCUGUCACCCUUAUCCAAUAAAGGUGACGAAUGCAGUAUUGGUUCAGCCACGGAUUUGACUGAGAGCAGCUCCAUGGUGGAUGGGGACUGGACGGUGGUCGAGGAGAAUUUCUCCACGCUCAGUCUGACUCCGUCCGAGCUGGAGCACAUCUCCAUGGAGCUGGCAAGCAAAGGCCCUCAUAAAUCCCAGGUCCAGCUUCGGUACUUACUGCCUAUUUUCAUGGAGGCCGGAUGUUUGGACUGGUGCAUUGUCAUUGGCCUGAUUCUGAGAGAAUCCUCAGUAAUCAACCAGAUUCUGGCUAUUAUACAGUCUUCAGAGGUGGAUGGAGAGAUGUUACAGAACAUUAAGACGGGGCUCCGUGCUGUGGACCAGUGGGCCUCUACGGAUUGCCCUGGAUAUAAGCCAUUUUUAAACAUGAUUAAGCCUCAACUGCAGAAGCUCAGUGAGAUGACGGAAGAGCAAGUUGAGCCUGACGCCUUCCAGCCAGUAACCACAGGCAAGACCGCGGAGCAGGCCAGUCCCCGGGCCGAGGAGCGCAGGGGAUCCUGCAGCCACGGAGCCGUCCCGCAGGGCGAGGCGGCGGGGACCAGUGCAGCCAGCCGCCAGGAGGACGACACGGCUCGGGCAGAGCAGGAGGAGCCCUUUCAGGAUGGGACUUACGACUGCUCUGUGUCCUGACCGUGAGGCGACGUGUGACAAGCAGUAUUAGCAGCAGCUGAGUCCACUGUGUCCUAGUUGCUGACGGAUGACUUAAAGGGGAAGAGAACGCAGGGGCUCAGAGUCUCUUUCGUAAAGUAUUAUU